GUGAAGGAAGACAGAGAAGCUGUUACCAUGGACUGGACGAGCAAGGUCAGUGUCGGGCAUCAGAUCUGCAACAGCUUAAACCAAUACAUUGUGGUUUGAGUGUUACAGGUUUUAACAAGCCAGAGAGGAGAUCACACAGAGCAUCAUGGAGAGGUCCCACCUUGCUGGCUGGGGAUGCAGGUUUUGACCUCGGAGAUAUGGACAGUUGGGUGCUGCUGAGGAUAAGAACUAAAGGAGCAGUGAGCGACCGGGACAAGCUCCUGCGCAGGUCAUGGGGCUGCUGCGCCCUUUAGAGCGGCGGCCGCGCUCCGGGGGCGGCCCGGUGACACGGGUGACGGCGGUGACGGGCCGGGCAGCUGCAGUGCGAGGAGCCGCGUCCCCGUGUGCCAGCGCCAUGCCCGGCCUCCAGCGCGGCUCCCGGCUCCUGGCGACGCUGCUGCGGCCCCUGCGGGUCCCCCGAGCGCACAUCACCUCCAAACCGCCCGAGCACCCGCUCUCGGCUGCCGAACAAGUCAUUGCAUUUUCCAUCAUGUGCGGAUGCUUCCUGCUCCCAACAGCCUGGGUCCUGGGAAACAUCGAGAACUACAAGAGCAGACCCGAGUGAGGAGCAAAGAACCACCCGCACUCUGGUGAGAGCAAACAUGAGUGGAACCAAGGCCACAGGACGGAGCUUCGCCAAAAGGGAGCCCUCGGGGUUUGCUCAUUAAAGUUCAUGUUCACAUUGA